AUGGGCAUCCCAAAGUUCUUCCGCUUCAUGUCCGAGCGGUAUCCGCUCAUUUCGCAGCUUAUCCAGGAGAACCGGAUUCCAGAGUUCGAUGCCUUGUACCUCGAUAUGAACGGCAUCAUCCACAACUGCUCCCACCCGAACGACGAUGACGCGUCGUUCCGAAUCAGCGAACACGACAUCUUCCUCGCCAUCUUCAACUACGUCGCGCACCUCUUCAGCGUCAUCAAGCCCCAGAAGCUCUUCUUCUUGGCUGUUGACGGAGUCGCGCCGAGGGCCAAGAUGAACCAGCAGAGGAGUAGGAGGUUUAGGACGGCCAAGGAGGCGAAGGAGACGCUGGAGAAGGCGAAGAGGCGUGGGGAGGAGAUACCGGAGGAGGAAGGGUUCGACAGUAAUUGUAUCACGCCGGGAACGCCUUUCAUGGCAAGGCUGUCGGCGCAGCUCAAGUACUUUAUCGCGAAGAAGGUCAGCGAGGACGCGGACUGGAGGGGCGUCGAGAUCAUCUUGUCGGGCCACGAGGUCCCCGGAGAAGGCGAACACAAGAUCAUGGAGUACAUCCGCCUCGCGAAAGCCCAGCCAGGCUACAACCCCAACAUGCGUCACUGCCUGUACGGCCUCGAUGCCGACUUGAUCAUGCUUGGGUUGCUUAGCCACGACCCGCACUUCUGUUUGCUGAGGGAGGAGGUUACGUUUGGGCCGAGGGGCGGGAAGGGGAAGGCGAAGAGCCUCGAGAACCAGAAUUUCUACCUCAUGCACCUCUCCCUCUUCCGCGAAUACCUCGACCACGAGUUCUCCUCUCUCAAGUCCUCCCUCCCCUUCGACUACGACCUCGAGCGCAUCAUCGACGACUUUAUUCUCCUCAACAUCUUUGUCGGAAACGACUUCUUGCCCCAUUUGCCGGGGUUGCACAUCAACGAGGGAGCGUUGAACAAGUUGUUCGAGAUCUACAAGCGCAUCUUGCCUGGUGCUGGCGGCUACCUCAACGAACACGGCAAACUUAACACUCCGCGCCUCCAGCUCGUCCUCAACGAGCUUGGCGGAUUCGAGCGCGACCAGUUUGAGCAUGAGGUGGCGGACUUUGGAGGUGGGGGCGGAGGGAGGAAGGGAGGACGGAGAGGAGCGGAGGUUGCGGCGGAGAAGGCGAGACAGAGAGGCCAGCUUGUCCUCUCGGAAUCGCAGAAGCACAUCGUCGACCAGGUCGCCUCUUUCGUCCUCUCAAACCUCGCCACCCUCCCCGCCUCCUCUUCCUCGCAGCUCCAAUUCCCCAACACCCUCUCCUCACACCGCGACCGCCGUUUCCUCUCUGACUUUGCCGACGCCCUCAAGCUCUCAGUUACCUACGACGAAUUCAACGACGAGGGCGAGAACCUCGUCACGAUCCGGUUCGACAACGCGCUCGUUGAGCUUGCGCGCGAAGAGGAGGAGGAGAAGAGCGAUGAUGUGAAGGGCCCGCUCGAAGGCGUGAGUGACGAGUCGAGCGAGGGAGAGGACAGUUCCGAAGCGGAGGAGAUUGGGAUUGUUCAUCUCUCGCUCGACGGGCGCAUUCGACGACCGUCGCAGGUGAAGAAGCUGAACGGCGCAACGGGCGGGACGGACUCGCCUGCGCCCGGACUCGAGAAGGUCGAGGGCGAGCCGGAGUGGAAGGCGGCGAUCAGGAGGGUCCUCAACAAGUACGUCAAGGCGGAGGUGGCCAGGGAGUUGACGCAGGCCGAGUCCGAAGCCGAGCAGGAGAAGGCGAUUCAGGAGAAGAUGGUCGAGUGGAAGAAGGACUACUACAGAGAGAAGCUCGAGUUCGCGCAGGAUGACCAGAAGGCGGUCGAGACGCUCGUCUAUCGCUACAUCGAGGGAUUGCAGUGGGUCCUGCGGUACUAUUAUUCCGGCGUCGCUUCGUGGGGCUGGUUCUACAACUAUCACUACGCGCCCAAGAUCACCGACUUGAAGAACGUCGACAAGCUCUCGUUCGAGUUCGACCUCGGCAAGCCCUUCCGACCGUUCGAGCAGCUCAUGGGUGUCCUGCCCGACCUCUCGUCGCAGCACAUCCCGCCUGCGUUCCGCGACCUCAUGUCGGACCCGACGUCGCCCAUCAUCGACUUCUACCCGACGCGCUUCGAGCAGGACAUGAACGGCAAGAAACAGGAGUGGGAGGCGGUCGUCAAGAUUCCUUUCAUCGACGAGCAGCGUCUGCUCAAAGCCAUGUCGACGCGGGAGGCGCGCCUGACGAAGGAGGAGAAGUCGCGCAACCUUCUUGGCGAAAGCACCAAGUUCGUCUUCGACGACUCGGUCGAUGUCACCUACCCAUCAUCGCUCCCCGGCUUCUUCCCCGACCUCGUGCACAAUCACACCCGCCUCGAGACGUUCCACCUCCCGACGCUCGAGGGCGGCCUCUCCUUCCGCACCGGCCUCAUGCCUGGCGUUCUCCUCGGCAAGGACGCCAUCUCCGGCUUCCCUUCGCUCCACACCAUCCCGCACACCGCCUCGCUCGGCUUCCACGGCGUCAACGUCUUCCAGUCGGACUCGCGGCGCGAGACGAUGGUCAUCUCGAUCGACAACGUCUUCGAGGGCAUCAAGCCUGAGGACAUCGCCCGUCUCAUCGUCGGCAAGCGCACCUACGUCAACUACCCCAUGCUCCGCGAGGCGCUCGUCGAUGCCGUCUCGGACGACCUCUUCCGCUACGAGAUCGACUCGAGCGGCCUCGUCAGGCCCAUCCCGCACACCCAGAACGAGAUCUACCAGUGGAAGCGUGCCGCCGACAGGAUUGAGCACGUCUACUCCAAGUCGAAGGGCUGCUUGAUUGGUCACGUCGAGGUCGUUGUGCAUGCCCGCGUCCUCAAGGGUCUCAGGCGCGAGGCUGACGGCUCGAUGGUGAAGGAGUGGGAGGACGAGACCGAAGACUUCGCUCUCCAGGCAACCGUUUCGCACAUCACGAACGAAGACGUCCGUUAUAUGGAACGUCCUCCUAUUCCCGUCGACAUCGAGUACCCGGUCGGCACCAAGGUCUUCUUCCUCGGUCCGCUCUUCUACGGCGUGCCCGCGCAAGUACUCGACCACAAGGACGACAGUCUCUGCAUCCGCAUUGCCUGCUUCUCAACCGACAAGUCAGAGAACGGCUUCUUCAAGGCUCGCCUCGAGCAGGUCAAGGACGCCGCCUACCACCCUUCGCACGUCGUCGCACGGAUGGUCGGCAUGAGCGGGCUCACGCUCUCGAAGAUCACGUCGAGCCUGCUCCUGUACAACUCGGGCGACCAGCGUGUCAACGUCGGUCUCAACCUCAAGUUCGAGGCGAAGCAGCAAAAGGUCCUCGGCUACUCGAGGAAGACCGAGUCGGGCUGGGAGUACAGCACGAGGGCGAUCGAGCUUAUCCGCGAGUACAAGGCCAGCUUCCCCGAGAUCAUCGCCACGCUCGACACGAACAGGGGCGACCUGACCCGCGCCACCGACUUCUUCCCGCCCAACACGGUCAACGAGCGGAUGAAGGCCCUCGUCAACUGGAUCAAGGAGAAGGGCGUUCGCGACUUUGAGAAAGUGCCGCUCUUCUCCGAGCAGCUUGACAAGGACGCCGUCCAGCUGAUCGAGAAGUUCGAGGACAAGCUCACCGCGACCAAGACGCUCGACAAGAUCAAGCAGGCGCGCAUCGACAACAUUCCUCGCCAGGGCGUCCUCAAGCCUGCGCACUCGUCUGUUCGCCUCCGCGAGCAGCACUUCUCGCUGGGCGACCGCGUCAUCACUGUCGCCGAGACCGGCAGCGUUCCCCUCUCCGCCAAGGGCGUCGUCGUCGGCAUCCAGACGAGCUUCAUCGACGUCGUCUUCGACGUGCAGUUCAUGGGCGGCACGAGCCUCGGCGGACGCUGCUCGAACUACCGCGGUGCGACCGUCACGCCGUCCGCCGUCCUCAACCUUACCGAGCAGCAGUACGCGACGGGUCAAGGCGUCCCUGCGCCCGCUCCUGCGCCGGCCCCGGUCAACAAGAAUGCCAGGUUCCGUCAGGGACCCCUUGGAGGACCUGCUGUCCUGCCUGCGUACGGCCUGCCCGCCGGAGGCUUCCAUCCUUCGCCGGCUCACGCCGCUUCCAACGGCCGUGGACGUGGUCGUGGUGGACUCAACGGCAACGUCCAGGUCAUGCAUAACCCGGCUCGCAACGUCUCCCCUCAGACCUCCUUCCACGCCGUCGCGACUGGCAAAGCCCCCGCCGCUUCCGCCUCGUCGAAUGGCCAGCCUCAAUCUCAGCAACAGCGUCUCGGGCAGACGCUCGGUAUCCGAGGUGGGAUGCACCCUCUCCGCGGUGGACCGCCUCACCUCGGCCGGGGCGGCUUCGUCCCUCACGCCGGCGCCUUCGGAGUCGGGAAUCACACUGUGCCGUUCCAGGCUGCGACGCGCGGUAGGGGCGGAGGAGUCGCGGGGACGGGUGCGGUCCCGCAGGCGAGGGGAGGAGUUGCGAUCCCUCCUCCGGCAGUGUUGAUGCAGCAGCAGGGAGCAAGGGGUGGAAGGGGUGGUGCGCGCGGUGCGGGACGUGGAGCGGCGAGGGGUGCCAGGGGAGGAGCGGGUCAUGGUGGAGCUGCGGCACCGGCCGCUGCGAACGCUUCGGCGUGA